AUGUGGUCAUGGAUUACCAAAUCUUCAGGUACAAAUCUCCCACCUGGUCCGGUUCCUUUACCGAUCAUCAGAAAUCUAUUCAGCCUCGGAAAAAAACAUCCUGAAUCAUUGGCUCGGCUCACUGAAGUUUAUGGACCAUUAAUGUCAAUCAAACUUAGUUCUUCAACAACAGUUGUUAUUUCCUCAUCAACAAUGGCAAAAGAAAUUCUUCAGAAGCGUGACCAUUCGUUUUCUAGUCGUACCGUUUCUGACGCAAUUGCGGCAUAUGAUGACCAUAAAUCUUCAAUGAUUUGUCUAUCUGUGUGUCUUCAAUGGAGAAAUCUUAGAAAAUUAACAAAUUCACACAUUUUCAAUGCUCAGAAACUUGAUGCAAGUGAGGACCUAAGACAACAAAAGUUAACUGACCUUGUUUCUCACGUUCACCAAAAUGCAAGCAUUGGUUGUGCGGUUGAUAUUGGUCAAGCAACUUUUCUUACUAUUCUUAACUUGAUAUCAAAUAUAGUUUUUUCAAUUGAUUUAGCUGAUUUUGAUUCAAAUUUUAUUUCUACGUUUAAAACUGUUGUUAAAGGAGUUAUUUUGGAAGUUGUGAAAUCAAAUCUUUUUGAUUAUUUUCCGAUUCUUAGAUUUUUGGAUGCGCAAUGUAUUAGACGUCGUAUGAGGGAUAAUGUUCGAAUAUUGGAAGACAUAUUUAAUAAGAUAAUAGAUCAGAAAUUGUUAUUGUUGCAGUAUAGAGUGGGGAAAAGUAGUAAUUCCGGUGACUUGCUUGAUAGAAUUCUUGAUCUAUCUUCUGAAAAUGAUAUUGAGCUUUAG